UAGCUUAUUAAAUUAUCACAAAUAGGAUCAGUUACUCAUCUUCGUCCAUGCUUGACAAGAACUGUUCAGUAUUCCUCAUUGGCCCACACAGGAAUACUGUAAAUGUUACUAUGUAGAAAUUUAACAGUAGAGUUAAUAUAUUCAAAUUAAAAAAUAUUAACAUAAACAAAAUAAAAUUUAAAUUUAACUGUAUUUAAAAAAACAAAGCAAUGUCACCUCCAGACAAGACUUCUUGGUUUCUUGGUGGACACAUAAACCUUAUAUUAAAUAUUGGUAUCACUAUUUUCACUCUUUUUGAAUCUUAUGUGUUCCCAUUGGCUAUUACAAAAUGGGUGAUACUUAUUAUUAAAUAUAGUGGAUUGUCAUAUUUCAAUGGGUCCAGGAACUCAAAACAAGUAAUGAGGACACAUUAUCAGUAUAAUUUGCAGUUAAUAACAAGUAGUGAUAGUAAAGUCAUUGAUGUUUUACAAAAACAAGUUUCUAGCGUAAGUGUUACUGUGGAGAAAGAUACAGUUGUCUAUGAAGAUAUAUAUAUUCAGUUAAGUUAUUGUGGCCAAAACUGUAAAAGGAUUCCUCCAGCAUUACAAAGUAUGUACGGUGCUAAAGUGAAAUAUCUGGAUUUGAGCUACAACACCAUAGAGACACUGAAAGGCCUAGAACAAUUCGGCAGAUUGGAAGAGCUGAUAUUAGACAAUAAUAAACUGGGGGACAACAUCACGUUUCCUUUACUGCCGUAUCUGAGAACCCUCUCACUAAAUAACAAUCAGGUGGCCGAUUUGGAACUACUCAUAGACAAGAUAGUGGAACGUCUUCCAUCCCUGUCGUACCUGAGCCUGCUCAGCAACAAGGCGUGCCCCAACGAGCUCUCGGACGUAGACAAAGAUGAUUCCGACUAUCAGAGAUAUAGGUACUUUGUUCUUUAUAAGCUGAAACAUUUACGUUUCUUGGAUUCACGGCGGGUGUCUGCUCACGAGCGCUCGGAAGCGGAGAAACGGGGCGAAUUCAUGCGCGUACGCCGUCCGCGUGACGUCACUGACUCAAUGCGCACUGAACAUAGCCAACAAUCCGCCAGACCUCUACCCUUGGAUCUCUCCGCGUUGGGCAAACACAAAGGUGCCUACGGCAAGUGUCACUACAAAUACACGGGCAAGCAUUCCGAAGGUAACAGGUUCAUAGUAAAUAGUGAUUUGUGACCAAAGAUCAUUGUAUUUAUAACUUCCGAUAAAUAUAGUUAGCUUUUAUUAUGCUAAGAAUCUUCUAGAGUUAAGCCUAACUUUCAUAUGGAGCAUUUACGCAUGAAAACUAAGCAGCGCCCCUACCGGACGUAAGAACAAACUAGCCCCUUCCAUAGAAACUUCGACGAUGGCGAUACAAAUACGGACCUAUCUAAGUUCGUGCUACUGAUCUGUAACGGAAAUCAAGUAAAUAUAUUAUAGGUAGGUACCUCGUUCAAAAUACUUCACUACAAGAAAGGAUGAGGGUAGUGCGUAAUUUAUUAUUCAGGAAGUUUAUAUUCUCAUUGCUGUUCACCCUCGUGAUAACAAUGUGUUUUCGUUAAUGUGAGGUUCGAAGAUCGAACAUUAAAAGUGCGAUUUGCUUAAUUAUUCUUUAAUGUUUGUAAUCCUUUAAAUGGGGGCCAGAACUGAGAAAGCAACUACUUCGCAUUGAGCGCCCGUCUUUUAAAUAAAAUUCUGGUGUUGUAUACCACUGUGUACAGACUAUGGUGGCUGUUUGUCAUCAGUUGGGCCAUAUGCUUGUUUGUCUCUCUUUUUAUUAAAAAAAUAAUACUUUUAAAGUUUUCUUUCACACCUAGGAGUAUUGAAUGAACUCUAGAGAAGUCAAUAAGUGUUUUGAUUAUAAAAAACCAAUCACUCGUCCUCCUGCAAAAUGUUUUGGUUAGAUAUUUGAUAUGCUUCCUGAUUUUCGGAGAAGAAAAAAUAUAUAAAAGUGCUUAUAUUCUAUUAUAUUGUUUUGCUAAAUUAUUAGGUAGCCGUGCCGUUACCAGCUACACGAAACGAGUUCGAUACUCACAGCUGGCAAGCUAUAACCAAUGUUAGUAACUAAAACCAGAAUAAUUUGCUAAGCACGAGGCAUUCAUUUUUUAAUCUUGUUGAGAAAUAUAUUGUUAGCAUUUUUCCUGAAAAUAAUAGGCAGGUAGGAAAGGUACCUACUUACUUAUACAAGGUGACAUAAAAUUACCUGUCAGGACUCUGAGAAGAUAAUCAGGUUACGUCUACAGAUUAUGUCCAUACUAAAUGAGAUUUUUCAUCCUAUCAUUAUAUAAAUGUGAUUUUUGUUAACGUAAACACUCAAUAUUAAUCACAGUGUACUCACUGUACACUAUAGAAAAGGGUAGCCGUGAAAUUUGUAAUUUUUAUACCGUUUCUGCUACGGGGUCUAUCUAAAAAGUUUAUAUGCACAUUAUAUACCAAAUUACUAUUUUAAAAUCUGUAAUUAAACAACAAAUAUUGAACAGUGAUAUUAGGUAACUUCAAUUACAGGAUUAUUUCAUUGCAUAUUAAUUAGGUGAAGAUGUGUUGAGUACUUUGGAAGACGAUACGAGGAAACUCCACAAUUACAAACAGUACCUACAUAUGUUGUGUUUGGAUAUUUUAACAAGCAUAAAACGGGUAAUGCAUACCAGCUACGAGCAAAUAAUAAUUGCUCCUAGCAUGCCAUACUUAGUUAGUAUAUGCUAUUUUGCGUUUCUGGC